UAAUCGUUAAGGUGAAUUGUUAGCGGUGAUUAAUUUUUGGUUCGGGUGUGUACUUGGCUAGUUCUUAUGCGCUCACCACUUGAGCAUUGAGAAUAACACAGACAACGACGUUUAAUUACUUAGCAGCAAUAUUCAAUAUUUAGUUAAGAAAAUAGUGAACACAUGAUAAGUAACAGCAAGCCUUUUGGUGCAAUAAAUUUUAAUCAUUAAAAGCGUGCUCAAAGGACAGGAAAAGUUAUAGCUUGGCUCAAAUAAACAUAAGUAAAUCAGCAGGUGCACUAAAUACUGAACGCUCGUUAGUCGCAGACACAACGAGAAUUGGAAUGCGUAUUCGCCAGGUCUUUAUAUAAUCCGCCAUUCAAAACGCCAAAUUCAACGAUCCAAAGAUGUCCAAAAUCAGACUGAAAGCAAUAUUUGGCAGGCCGCCUAAUUUGUGUUGGUUGCUGUUCGUGAUCACUAUCUCUGCCUCUCCGCUUUAUUUGUCAAUGGCCAAAAGUUUAAUUGACAGCCAAGCAGUGCAGGUGAAACGCAGCGCUGAGGUGGUCAAUGUCACCCUUAGCCCCAGCGUUACACACACCGAAAGUAUGGUUUCGCCAAACAAAGAUGUGCGUCUAAUGUGUUUACUUAAGGGCGCCAUUAAGUGGUACAGAGAUGAUGAAUUCGUCAGCGGUAAUCGUUUGCUGGUGUUGAGGGGGGUACAGAAGAAAGAUGCCGGCUUAUAUAGUUGUCAGGCGGAACAAGUGUCGCUUGGCCCUAAAUACGUUAGUGUCGCAUUGAGUGUCAGUGAGCAGGAGUCAUCAACAUCUACUAAUCUAAUGGAGGAAGAUAUAGCUGACUUUAGCAAAGUGGAAGAUGAUAUGGAGGCGCGUUUACGAUUAGAUCGAAAUGAGCCCGAUUCUGCGGAAGAAAUUGCUGAAGGCGAAUUACAGUCGGAAGACACGAAAAAUGUCAACUCCACCGCAUUGAAAAUUAUACAUCUUCCGAGUCCGGGUCCGCCUCAGUUUCAACAAAGUGAUAAACUUCUGGAUAGUAUACAACAGCCAAUUGGAAGUUUCGUGCAACUGAGCUGUCCCGCUUUAGGCAAUCCAUUGCCGGUCAUUACUUGGUUUCAUGAUGCCACAAGAAUGAAUCUCACGCCAUUGCGUUUUAGAUUAAAGAAGUGGUCACUUUUUAUUGAUCACCUAACCACAGCCGACUCCGGCAUAUAUACCUGUAAAAUCAAUAAUAAAUUCGGUUCUAUUGAGCAUAAUAUACGGUUGCAGAUUUUGAGGCCACAACUGCGAUCAGCCAGUCCAAUCAUAAAAAAUAAUAAGCCAAGCAAUCAAACGGUUGUGGUCACUGGUAGCGCACAGUUCGAGUGUCAAGUUGAGUCUCCAACCACUGUGCAGAUCCGCUGGAUCAAACACCAGAAACGGCUUAACACGGAAGAGCUUAUUGCAAACUUUACAAAUAAUCCGAAUGUAAUUGAGUUGUCAAGUAAUGUGGACAAUCCGAACGUUUUAAAUAUAUUUCAAGCAAAGAUGGAAGAUGAAGGGUUUUACACCUGCAUAGCUACGAAUGAAGCUGGGAACGCCAUGGCCACAGCUUAUUUAGAAGUCUUAGAGCAGAAAAGCGCUACCGUGACACUUAAAACCAAACUAGCAUUUUCAGAUAUGCAUGCAGCCCAUUCUAUGGAGGACUCAGGGAACGCGGUACCGAAGAAAGAAAAUGAAAAACUUGUAACGGCGAUUGAUUCUUUGGUGAACAAUAGGGAUGUCAAUGAUACUAAUGAUGAUCCGGAGGCAGUUGAGGAAAGUCCGCCACGCUUCAAAAAAGCCGACAAACUAUUUCCAGCUUUGCAUAAGCCAGCGGGCUCGACAAUACAACUGCUCUGUCCCGCAAUUGGUAAUCCAUUGCCUAACAUAACGUGGACACGGAGGGCAGGGGAUGCAAAUUUCACUGAAAUUAUGCGUCACAUUGGUAAAGUCACAUACAAAAAGUGGUCGAUGCAAAUGGACGAAGUCAUUGCCGAAGACUCAGGAGUCUAUAAAUGCACUGUUUGCAACAAUUUGGGCUGCAUAGAGCAUACGACAAAAUUGACUAUAAUGGAUCGUCUACGUUCUCGCCCCAUUCACAGUGAUAAGUUUCCACAAAAUCAAACUGUUCUAACCAACAGUAGCACACAUUUUGAAUGCCGCAUCGUAUCGGAUCUGGAACCACAUAUAUAUUGGAUAAAGUAUAAACAUAAUAACGAAAGAAUUGAAAAUUUAGAACGUAUUUUCAAUAAAGCCAAUACCAAUACCAACGUUCAUCAGCCGUCUUCAGAGGAUUUCAUCAAGCUCCAAGGUGAUCCCGAUCGACCGAACAUUCUGCGGUUGACAAAUGUUACACACGCGGACGAAGGCUGGUACACAUGUGUGGCGGGCAAUGCUCUGGGCGAGGCCGUGAAAAGUGGGUAUCUGCAUGUUGUCGACAAACUACCCAGUCGUGAAGUGUACAUGCUGUGGCGUGCGCAUUACGCUUGGACGACAGUAGCCGCCAUAGUGAUUGUGUUGCUUUUCCUUUUUGGCUCCGUCUUUAUAAUUUAUGUUUUACGUAAAUUGAAACAUGAGAAGUUGCUAAAACAUCGUAUCGAAACUGUUCAUCAAUGGACAAAAAAAGUAAUUAUAUAUAAACCAUCUUCUUCAGAAGGCAGCUCCUGCGAUCUACAAAUGCCGGUAAUUAAAAUUGAAAAACAACGUACCACUUUUCAAGCAUCGAAUUUGGAUCCCUCACAAGCAUUCAAUGAGUAUGAAUUUCCGCUCGACUCCAACUGGGAAAUACCACGUACACAACUAAAUCUAGGCUCGACCCUGGGCGAGGGCGCCUUCGGACGUGUAGUAAUGGCAGAAGCGUGCAACUUGCCACGCACCGCCAACAAUUCGGCGAGCAUAGUUGCCGUGAAAAUGGUAAAAGAUGAGCACACCGAUGCCGAUAUGGCGAGCUUGGUGAGGGAAAUGGAAGUAAUGAAAAUGAUCGGCAAGCAUAUAAACAUCAUUAAUUUGCUGGGGUGUUGUACACAAAAUGGUCCGCUAUGGGUCAUUGUGGAAUUCGCGCCUCAUGGAAAUUUAAAGGACUUUUUGAAAAAGAAUAGGCCAUUGUUUGUAGGCAGUCCGAGCUUACCACGCAGCAGUGAAGGCUUAGAAGACAUGCCUCAGCUUACAGAGAAAAAUUUGGUAUCCUUUGCAUUUCAAAUUGCACGUGGCAUGGAAUAUCUCGCUUCGCGUAGGUGCAUUCACCGUGAUUUGGCAGCUCGUAAUGUGCUUGUGAGUGAUGACUAUGUCAUGAAGAUAGCCGAUUUCGGUCUGGCUCGUGACAUACAAGACACAGAGUACUACAGAAAGAAUACAAAUGGCCGUUUACCCAUCAAGUGGAUGGCACCAGAGUCACUACAAGACAAGUUUUACGAUUCGCAGUCGGACGUGUGGUCUUUCGGUGUACUAUUGUGGGAGAUUAUGACAUUUGGUGAUCAGCCUUAUCCCAGUAUAAUGUCUGCAGAGGAGCUCUACAGCUAUCUAAUUACUGGUCAGCGAAUGGAGAAACCAGCACGUUGUUCACUGAAUAUAUAUAUGCUAAUGCGACAGUGCUGGCAUUUUGACGCCAACGUACGCCCGACAUUUGGCGAGAUUGUAGAGAAUUUGGACAAAAUACUCCAGUUGGCAUCAAAUCAUGCCACUAAUGAGGAGUACUUGGAUCUGUCCAUGCCCAUCUUGGAGACGCCACCGUCGUCGAGCGACGAUGAAUCCGAACCGGAGACUUUUCAAGAAACGUCCCUUUUACGCUAUCAGUACACCUACAAGUGUAAUUAAUUACAAUUAAGUAAUUUAAGUAUGUGUAUGAUAGGAACCAUAUUUGUAGUUGUUUAUUUGCAUACACGCAUUUUACGUAACCGGUAAUUAUUUGUGUAAUUUUUAAGCUUACUUUUUACAAUUUCUAUAAAAAUACCGUUUUUGUUUGUACA